GCAAAACAACGACGAAUAAUAUUCCAAGGAAAAUGUCAUAAUGGCGCCAUUUUGUUAUUUUAACUUUCAUCUUAMGUGUCAACUAGCCAAUCUUGAUGCUUUUGAUCAGUCCGGGUUAUUUUUAGAAGCGUCGCGUCCUUUCUUUGAUAAUUUAUAAGCUACAUUUGAUCAAUGCAUACAGUAAUUGGUAUUUUUAGAAUAUAAUAUGAGAAGAUCUAAUAUUUUACCAAAGCAACAUGCAGGACGAGCGAAUAUUCAAAUAACAAAUAAACAAUCUAAAAUAAAAUAUGUUUGAAUUUCAUAUUAUCAAAUUGAGACAAGUGGUUUUGUUUCGGAAUUUUUUCUAUUAUACCACGAAAUAUGAUGAUUCAAAAAUAAAACGAGGCGUCGACUGCUAUGUACGGCAGAUGUGUUGAAUUCGUUAAGUUCGUACCCAGGUCCACUCGGAAAGGGCCACUUUGGAAAACGAGGGAAAAAACCCUAGAUUAUGACUAAACUGAUUCCCUUUCUUUUGUAGCCCGAGAGUUGAAAUCUGUGAAGCGAGUUUGGAUUCCAAUGCGGUAUUCAAUCGACUUCCCACGAGGAACAGUGAAGUGGAGACUUGCAACAAUGUGAUAAGACUGAAGGAGCAGAUAGAUCCUGUCACGCAACAGUAACGCAAUAUGCAAAACUCGACUUUCRAUCAGUAUUUACCUCCGACGCCAUCUUCGCUUGGACUCCACGCACAAAAAGAGCCCACACAGGCAUGGUACUGGGUCAUCCGAGCCACAGUUGGUUUCAUUACAAUCUUCAAUAACACGUUAGUGGCUGUUGUCAUAACAACCCGUCGCCGACUUCGUAACGUGAAGUCCAACUGGUUUGUCCUUUCUCUUAGCUUAGCAGAUCUUCUUGUUGGUGUCAUAAUAACGGCUGUUCAACUCUCGGAUGCAGUUCAGCUGCCAACGUUGCCUGAGAUACGCUUCGUKAUAUAUGACUUUCUAAUGGACGCGACUAUUCUGAGCCUGUGUACGCUGUCGYUAGAUCGUUACAAAGCCAUUGUCAGUCCGUUGCGUUACACAAACUAUAUGACGCAGUACAGAGCAGUUGUUUUGAUUCUCUGCUCGUGGUGUAUUCCUCUGUUCGUAGCGCUUCUUCGUAUCACUAUGAUGUUCACGGGAAUCAAAACGGAGAAAGAGCGCGAAAAAAUGUUCAUCGUCGUCCAGACCAUCUUUUUUGUGGUUCUUCCUUGCGUGACGUUGAGCGUCUCGUAUUUUCGGAUUCUCUUGAUAGUACGUCGACAUAACAGAGACGAGAAGAAAAUCCGUGCACAGGUCGACUACAACUACUCCACCGACAGCAAUCUUCACUCGACCACCGACGACGAAAGUCGACCGCCGAACUCCAACUCAUCAGUCGAAAUAUCUUCGGCAAGAAUCGGAAGAAAGCGAAUGGCCAUCGAAGCUAUAGAUGAGGAAGUUUCGGAGAGUACGGCUGCGCGGAUAAUCAGCGGAAUCCUGUCGCCAAAGACGGACAAGUCUUCGUUACCAGCGAUCGGAGUAGUCAUUAUCCUCUACGAUUGCUUUUGGGCUCUCGGGAUUUAUUCUUAUGUUUGUGACUCGUUUCUAGAUAUGCGGGUUGCCCAAGACACGAAGCACAUAAUAUGGCUUCUCAUACUCAUGAAUUCCGCCUUGAAUCCACUUUUGUACGCGAUUCUUAAGAAGGACAUUCGAAAGGAGAUCAAAGCAGUGUGUCCUUGCUGUAAGGCAAGUGAGAACGGAACUGUUGAAAUAACCAUAGAAGUAUCGCAACCAGUCCCGCAAAAAGAGAACAUAACAAUGUCCUUCAGCUCGCCUUCAUAGGUUAUGGCGCAUGCGCAGAGCCAGACGUCAUAUUAUUCGUCAAUUGCGUCAAUAAAUGGAGCAUGGGAAGCAAGACCCUUCCAUUGGUCAAGUUUUCAAGACCUGAGCAUGCGUAAAUAGACGCCGACGAAUUUGUCUUAAACUAUGGCACGCUUCCACGAAAAGAGCAUGCGUAGCAAGACGCCUUCGAAUUCAUCUGUUUCUUCCGCAAAUCGAUCAUGCGUAGAUUGACUUGCUCAGCAAGUGAUGAAAUACUUUAUAUUUUUAUACAGUUGCUCUAAGACUUUAAACAAUCAGUCAAGCAGGACCUUUGACUUCAAAAAGAAUACAUAUCAAGCUAGAGAAAAAUUAGAAGACAAGAGACAUACAACUUGUAGGCCUUCCCUCCAAAGAUCGAACACGGUGAAUAAGAUUGCAAGAACCUGGUGCCAAAGYAUAAUCGUUUUACAGUACUUUGGUGAAGCUUCGACAUUUAAGUUAUUUUUAUGGAAUAUGUAAAUAUUCAACGGAGCCGAUAAAUUAUCGAUUUGCAGGAUGCGUAAAUGGAGUCGAUGAUGUAUCGAUCUGCUGGAUGCGCAAACAGAUCCGAUGAUAUAUCGAUCUGCUGGAUGCGCAAACAGAUCCGAUGAUAUAUCGAUCUGCUGGAUGCGCAAACAGAUCUGAUGAGAUAUCGAUUUGCAGGGUGUAAGAACAGAACCGAUGAGAUAUCGAUUUACUGGAUGUGCAAACAGACCCGAUAAAAUAUCGAUUUACUGGAUGUGCGAAAAAAACCGAUGAGAUAUCGAUCUGCUGGAUGCGCAAUAGCACUUUGUAAGACUUUAAGAGUAAAACUAGUUAAAAUAUGUAGACAUCUAUAAUUUUAGCGUAAAUUAGAUCGCGCCAUCACAAAAAACAUUAAAAAAAAUCAAGCGACAGUCUCUAAAUCUUGAGAGUAAUUUUCUAAAUAUUUAUACGAACGUAUUUCCAAUAGAUUUUAAGUAUGUAUGUAUAUAUAUAUAUAUAUAUGUAUGUUAGAAUGGAUUUAUGUAUGUAUGUUAGGACUGUGUGAUAUCGUAAGUACACACUCGCAAAAGCUAUUUAUUAGUGUUGCUUUUACCACGGACUGCUAAGUAUCAAAAAUUCUUUUAAAAAGAUUUAGAUUGUACGAUAGAAAGUCUAUAUUUAUAAUUGUCUAAUAAAACGACCUAGCUACGUUCA